UUAUCAUUCGCCAGUGUAUCAGAGUGUGUACGAGGCUAUAGAAGUGAAUUUCGAAGUGAAGUUAACAAAUAUUAUCCAGUCGCAACAGUUAGUAAACGUUUAUCAAAAAAGAAAUGUCCCAAAAUCUACGAUCACACGAGGAACGUCGGCUGUACGACAGCUAUGACCAAGAGGCAAUUUUCGAACCGAGUGCAACACACGCUAACGAUCCUCCUUGGGACAACAAUGUUGUCAGUAAACCACACAAACCGAACGCAACACAUUUUCAAUCGAUUCAUUGGGAUGAACGUGUUGCUGCUCAACAUUUCAAACCGAAUGCAAAGUUCAUUAACAUGUUUAAUCGACCCACAAACUCAAUGCCAAAAAAUGAAUCCGAACUUGUUUCUGAAUGCAGACGCUUACUGGUCGAUGGAACCCCCAAAGAUCCGUUGGAACAUGUCCGAUUGAUAUGUUUGUCACGUGGUGCCGCAGGUAUAUACAAUUUGGGAAGAGCACUUCGUCGUUUAGCCCAUCACGGCGAUAAGGUUUCACUCGAAGCAUUCGUGAAGGGAUUACAUGACAUCGAAAUGGGCAGUGUACUGGAAGCUACCAGAAUUUUCAAUGCCUUUCAAACUGACAGUACGGGAUAUAUCAACAUGAAGGAAUUUUUGUUUGAUAUCAGAUUUCUGAGUCAGAUGAGAGAAGGAAUCAUUAACAGAUGUUUCCAAACGGUUGACAAAAAUAACGAUGAUAUAAUUACCAUUGCUGAUUUAAGACAAUCAUAUUCGGUUGAAGAUCAUCCAUUGUAUAAAAACGGUGACGAGGAUAAAGAAGAGAUAAUGAAACGAUUUUUGGCAACAUUUGAGGAAGGUGGUAACCUUUCGGCUGAGAUUACCCGUGAAGAUUUCCUCAACUAUUAUGCCGGAAUCAGUGCUAUGAUUGAAGAUGACGGCUAUUUUGAUCUGCUUUUGAGGGAGGAAUAUAAUCUUUAAACGAUGCAGCAAUAAUAAUAUAAGAUAAUCGAUGCACUCGUACAUGUAUAAUUCUUAUCUAAUGUAAGACUGACAUGAGCGUCAAAUUUGUAUUAAUUGUCCACUACCUAAACACCACUACUUAUCAAUG